AUGUCUAAAAAUUAUUACUGUUCAGGCAAGGAGCUUUUCAGCUAUGCUUGUUCACUAACAAGUAAUUAAUAUCAUAUACCUACUAAUUGUGGACCAUUUUCAUAAUGUAAAUAACUUUACUAAAGCGGUGCAUUGACUGCUGAAUAUGGAUGUUGCAGAUAUGGAUAUCUUUCGGUAAAUGCUGUUCAAAUAAUUGUAUAUAUAAUCAUCCUUCCAAUUAUUGGUGUAGGAAUAUUGGGAGCUCUUGGAGGUUAUAAUAUCAAUAUUGUUAGGUGGUGUAGUGAAAAGACCUUUUCUAGAAGCUACACUAAAUUUUGAUUCAGAAUCUGCAGGAAAUAUGACCAUGUGUUUGCAGUUUGGAAGUCAAUUGGCCAACAUUAUCAUCAUAUUUUUUCAACGGUAACAAUAAGCAAUUAGAGUAGCCAUCCUGAGGAUCCUGAAAGACCUAUAAUAAAUUUUGAGAUUGCAUUAAUUUAUUGUUUAGCAAUUCCUCUCAGUUAAUCUUUGGGAACAGAAUUUGCAAAUUAUUUACCAUUAGGUUCAUUACUUUGGAUUCAAAACAUAUUUUUUGUAGCCAUAUGUCCCAUUUUAUUCUUGUUUGCAACUAAAGAGCUAACUUUAUAGACCCAGAAGGAGUAAGACAACGAUAUAUUACUUAAAUCGGCCCUUGUUCCUUUAGAAGGAUUGAAAGAUCAACAAUAAUUAUAAUAACAAGAGGCCGUUCUGUAUAAGCAAUUUUAUAAUGACUAAUGUAACAAAUUCCCUUUGUUUCCAAUCGUAAUUACAGUGGGCAACUUCGCUAUUAAUGAGGUAUACUUUGUGUUAAUCAAAAUUAGGCCAUAAUUUUAAGUAGAACGACACCAGGAUUAACAUCCCCUUAUUACACUAAUGAAACAACAAAGGAACGAACCAUAUGUUCCGCUUGGAAUUUCUAUAUGUUACUACUAUUAUUUGCAGUGAAUACCAUAAUAACUCUGGUCGUAUAUUAUAUUAAAAGAAAAGAAGAAUACACAAAAGAUGCAGUCAAAUUUUUUAAUUGUGAAAGAUUUUACACUCCUGGAACACGAUUCUGGAAGAUCUAUGCUGCUGGUUGGGUCACAGGAAUAGUGGCUGGAUUCUUUGGAAUGGCUGCAGGGUUAAUCAUGGUUACAACAAUGUCUGAAUUCGGAUUGAUCUCAGCUGUAGCUGGUGGAACAGCCAAUUAUUGUUAUUUCAUAAUUUGUUGUCAACUCUUCGCCACUGUUUUAUCGAAUUAAAUUGAAGAAAAUAAUUUCGGUGUUGGAGAUUAAUUUUUUUUCUAUGGAUUAGGAGUAUCUAUAUUUUAUAAUUAUUUCUAGAUAAUAAGUGUUCUAAUAUUCACAAAUAUAGGGUAUUAUUAUUUGAAGAAGUACAAUAUCGGACAUGCUUUAUUCUAUAUAGACUUUGCAUUGGUUCUAUUAAACAUUGCAGGCAACCUUGCAUGGGGAAUAGAGACUUCAGAUAGACAUGGUUAUAAGUACUUAAUGAAUCCUCCUCCAAGUUGUAAUAAUACCAAAACUGAUUUUUGAUUAAACAUCACCAG